AUGACGUGCAUACCGCCCCCUGCUGAGACGGAUCAGGCCAACAAAGAAGACAAUCACCGUGUGGCCCAGGGAUGCAGCCUCUGUGCUCCAGGACUGUUUUCAGGUGAGGCAUCAGCACUCAGAGAGGCGAGGAAAGGACUGACUGCAGGCAUCGCGAGGGCUAAAGCCACAUACGCCCAAAAAAUCCAGGGUCACUUCACCACCAACGACCCCCGGCGCAUGUGGAAGGGCAUCAAGUGCAUCACGGACUACAACAUCAGGGACGCACAAUGCCCAAGGGACCCCUUCUUGCCAGAUGCACUUAACCACUUCUAUGCCCACUUUGAGGACCCUGACACCCCCCCCAGCACCAGACUCAUACCACCACCUGGCGACACGCCCCUCAGUGUGACCACUGCAGAAGUGAGGAAGACCCUCCAGGGUAGCAACCCCCGCAAAGCUGCAGGCCCCGACAACAUCCCAGGGCGGGCACUGAGGGACUAUACACACCAGCUGUCUGAGGUGCUGGCGGACAUCUUUAACACCUCACUGUCACUGUCAUCUGUCCCCACCUGCUUAAGGACUGCCACAAUUGUCCCCGUCCCCAAGUGCUCCACAGUGACAGGUCUAAAUGACUACCGACCCAUAGCCCUAACCCUGGUAGUCAUGAAGUGCUUUGAAAGGCUGGUCAUGACCCACAUCAAGGACUCCAUCGACAUCACUGUGGACCCCCAUCAAUAUGCCUACAGGAAAAACCGCUCCACUGAUGACGCCAUCUCAUCGGUGGUCCACACAGCCCUCACCCAUCUGGAGAGCAGGAACUCCUACGCCCGUCUGCUCUUCCUGGAUUUCUCCUCUGCCUUCAACACCAUCAUCCCUCAGACCCUGGUGCAGAAGCUCUCCUCCCUUGGACUGAGUCCCACACCGGGGAACUGGGUCCUGGACUUCCUGACCAACAGACCUCAGACUGGACAGGAAGAGGAAUUUUUAGACGAGCAUAAGAUCAGUCUGAGGAGGAGAUGUGAAUUUGUGACAGAAGGAACUGCGGCAGCAGAAACUGGAACCUCCCUCAACAGGAUCUACACUGAGCUCUACAUCACACAGGGACGGAGUGAAGAGGUUAAUACCCAACAUGAGGUGUGGCAGCUGGAGACAACAUCCAAGAUGGAGACCCUCAGUGACACUCCAAUCAAGUGCCAGGACAUCUUUAAACCCUUACCUGGCCAAGACACACACAUCAGAGUAGUUGUGACGCAGGGCGUUGCUGGCAUUGGGAAAACCUUCUCAGUGCAGAAGUUCACUCUGGACUGGGCAGAGGGCUUGGAAAACCAACAUGUCAGUCUUGUGGUUCUGCUUUCGUUCCGGGAGUUGAACUUGAUCAAAGAUGAGCGCUACAGUCUUCUCCAGCUGCUCCGUGUUUUCCAUCCAACAUUACAGACGGUCACAGCAGAGAAGCUCGCCGUCUGUAAAGUCGUGUUCAUCUUUGACGGCCUGGAUGAAAGCAGGCUUUUAUUGGAUUUCCAGAAGAAAGAGGUCGUGUCUGAUGUCACACAGACAUCAUCAGUAGAAAUGCUGUUGACAAACCUCAUCAAGGGGAAUCUGCUUCCCUCGGCUCUCCUCUGGAUAACUUCCAGACCUGCGGCAGCCAAUCAGAUCCCUCCUACAUGUGUCGACAGGGUAACAGAAGUUCGAGGGUUCAUUGACCUCCAGAAGGAGGAGUACUUCAGGAGGAGAUCCAGUGAUGAGGAGCUGUGCAGCAGAAUCAUCUCACACAUCAAGGCGUCCAGGAGCCUCCACAUCAUGUGCCACAUCCCAGUCUUCUGCUGGAUCACUGCUACAGUUCUGGAGCACAUGUUGACUACAGACCAGAGAGGAGAGCUGCCCAAGAGCCUGACUGAGAUGUACUCACACUUCCUGCUGGUUCAGACACAGAGGAAUAAGCACAAGUACGAUGAGAGUCAUGACAGGAGUCAGCAGGAGCUGAUGAAGACUGACAGGGACAUUCUUCUGAAGCUGGGUAGGCUGGCGUUUGAACAUCUGGAGAAAGGCAACCUGAUGUUCUACCAAGAAGACCUGGAGGAGUGUGGUCUUGAUAUCACAGAGGCCUUGGUGUACUCAGGAGUGUGCACAGAGAUCUUCAAAACCAAGUGUGUGCUCUUACAGAGAAAGGUCUACUGCUUUGUCCAUCUGAGCAUUCAGGAGUUUCUUGCUGCAGUCUACAUCUUCCACUGCUACACCAACAGGAACACAGAGGUACUGGCCAGAGUCAUGAGAACACACAAGAAUAAAGGUGUUGACAAUGAGCCAUCGUUGGAUAUCUUCCUGAAGACAGUCAUGUCUAAAGCCCUGCAGAGCAAAAAUGGUCACCUGGACCUCUUUGUCCGUUUCCUUCAUGGCCUCUCACUGGAGUCCAGCCAGAAGCUCUUAGGAGGCCUGCUGGGUCAGACAGAGAGCAGACCAGAAGACAUCCAGAGAGUCAUCAAAAAUCUGAAGGAGAGGAACACCUACAGUGCCUCAGCUGACAGAAGCAUCAACAUCUUCCACUGUUUGAUGGAGAUGAACGACCUCUCAGUACAUCAGGACAUCCACGAGUUCCUAAAGUCAGAGGACAGAUCAGAGAAGAAACUCUCUGUGAUCCACUGCUCAGCUCUGGCCUACAUGCUGCAGAUGUCAGAGGAGGUUCUGGAUGAGUUGGACCUAAAGGUGUACAGAACAUCAGUGGAGGGACGACGGAGACUGAUCCCAGCUGUGAGGAACUGCAGGAAGGCUCGAUUGAGUGGCUGCAGGUUGACAGAGAGCUGCUGUGCUUAUCUGGCCUCGGCUCUGAAGUCCAACCCCCAUCUGACAGAGCUGGACCUGAGUGAGAACCAGCUGAAGGAUUCAGGAGUGGAGCUGCUGUCUGUUGGACUGGAGAGUCCAAACUGCAGACUGAAGACUCUCAGACUGAGUGACUGCAGCUUGACAGAGAGCUGCUGUGCUUCUCUGGCCUCGGCCCUGAAGUCCAACCUCCAUCUGACAGAGCUGGACCUCAGUGAGAACUGUCUGCUGGAUUCAGGAGUGGAGCUGCUCCUGGAUCUCACACUGGAUCCAAACACAGCGAGCAGAUACCUCCGUCUGUCUGAGGACAACAGGAAGGUGACGACGGUGAGAGAGGAGCAGUCGUAUCCUGAUCACCCAGACAGAUUUAAACAGUCUCAGGUUCUGUGUAGAGAAGCUCUGACUGGACGAUGUUACUGGGAGGUCCAGUGGAGUGGAGACGUUGAAAUAGCAGUGACUUACAGAGGAAUCAGAAGAAGCGGUGAUGACUCUUGGCUUGGAGACAAUAAACAGUCCUGGAGUCUGUGGUGCCGUGAUGACAGCUACUAUGUCAGACACAACCGUAAGCUCACCUUCAUCUCUGUCCGUCCCAGUGGAUCUGACAGAGUAGCAGUGUAUCUGGACUGCUCUGCUGGGACUCUGUCCUUCUACAGAGUCUCUUCUGACAGACUGAGACUCCUGCACACCUUCAGCUCCACCGUCACUGAGCUGCUCCACCCUGGGUUUCGUUUGUGGCGUUCUUAUUCUUCUAGUGAGGUUGAGCUGCCAGUUUCUCAGAAACAAACACUGGAGCCUUUUGUCCAGCCUGAGCAGCCGUGUGUGCUGCUGGCUGUGUUCUGCUUUGACUUGCUGGGCUGUGAUGUCAUGGCUUGGACAUUCUGUCAGCUGUGUGACGUCACAGCAGACACAAACACACUCCAUCACACAGUUGAGCUCACUCAGAUCAAACCGUGA